UCCUCCACUCCGCUUCCUGGUUACCUCGUACAAACUGUCAACGAGUCACUUGCUGCAAGUAACUGAAAUCUAAAUAAGCGAAUUUGCAUCUAUCAAAGAGUUCUGUAAUAGUUCAUAAGGUUAUAAAUUUAAGAAAAAAUGAUAAGCAGCUGAUAUGCAUUUUAUCUGGUGCUCAGCUGAGUAAAGUGGUGGAAGAGCAGAGGGGGGCAGAUGGAGGAUUUUCGCCGCGCGUUCCUGCUCCUGUGCAAGGAGGGCGGCGUGGAGCCUCAGGAGUCGGUGGUCAGGCAGCUGCAGGAAGUCCGGGGGGCGGCGGGCAGCACGAGGCUGGACCUGGCCGGAAACAGCCUCACGACAGACACCUGCGCCGUGCUGGCAAAGGUGCUCCGCCACGAUGUCCUCUUCACGGAGCUGGUGCUCAGCGACUGCAUGCUCAGCGAGGAAGGUGCCAAGCUGCUGUUGCAUGGUCUGUGUUCCAACACAACGGUUAAAGUGCUGGAUCUCAAGGGCAACAACAUGAGAGCAACAGGAUCAGAAGCUCUGGGGAAGUUACUGGCACAAAACAAGUCACUGCGCAGGCUGGUUCUAGAGUGGAAUGCCCUGGGGAUGUGGAAUGAAGCAUUCUCAAUAUUCUGUGAGGGGCUCGGCUCCAAUGGCUGUCUGAAACAGCUUGACCUGCGCAACAACCAGAUCAAUCACCAGGGGGCAGCAGAGCUAGCCUUGGCUCUGAAGCGAAACAGCACGCUACAGGAGCUUGAUCUGCGGUGGAACAAUAUUGGACUCCUGGGGGGACGCUCUCUACUGGAGUCGUUGCAGCACAACAAAACACUUCUACAGCUGGAGAUGGCAGGAAACAACAUUCCCAGCGACACUCUAAAAGCUGUUGAGCAGUCCACAGGCCAUAACACGGACCGGCAGUCCACUCUGAGAGAGGCUCGCAGCAGGACCCAGGUGCUCACCAAGGAGAUCCAGAAUCUGAAAGAUGAGAAGGGCCAGCAGGCACUUAAUAUACUGUCAUUGUGCCAUCAGGCCCACCUGAGAGGAAUGAACAGUUCUUUCUUAAGCCUGAUGGAGACAAUUGAUAAGCAACGAGAUGAAAUGGGCAGACACAGCAGGACUUCUGCAUUACAUGUCAGUCAAUUACAAGAAGCCUUGAAUGAAAGGAAGUCUGCGUUGAAUUCUCUCAAAGCCAAACUCCAGAUGACUGAGGCUGCUCUGGCUCUAUCAGAGCAGAAGUCACAUGACCUGGGAGAGCUGGUUGGCCGGAUGCAAAUGGAGAAUUUGGAGCUGAAGGAACGUCAUUCCCGUGAACUGAAGAAAGAGCAAGAGGAAAAUGUUUUAAGAGAAGGAAAACGUCUUCGUGAGGUGCACUCUGUGACCGAGAAGAACCUUCAACUGAAAAACAAGGUGGAGGAGCUGGAGCGCAGGUGUAAGGCCCAGCAGGAUCAAAUCUUCGAACUCAAACAGGAGCUAACCAACAUGAGUGCUGAGCUCAAACUGCGUCUGGCACAGGCAGAGGAGCGACUGGGCAUGGAGAAGAAACGGUCAAAGCAGGCUCAGGACGAUCUGGACAAUCUGCAUAAAAAAGAGGUGGAUCACCUGAAUAGACACCUGGAGGAGACUGAGAGGACACUGCAGGACAGGGUUCAGAAACUAGAUGCUCUGCGCAUUCAGUUAGAAGAGGAACUGAGUCGUGUGAAAGCGGCCUGCGUGUCCGAGAGAGCGCUGGCCGACGAGGAGCUGGGCAAGGUGCGCACUCAGGUGCGGCUGGAGGAGCAACAGCGGCUGAGCGCUGUGGAGGAGAAGUUGCGGGCCCUGCGUCAGUCGCGGGAUGAGGCCCAGGGGCUCUGUGCCCAACAGAAACAGACCGCGGCAGAGCUGCAGGCCAAGAACAGCCAGCUGGCCCUGGAAAUGGAUGGGCUGAGGAGGAGGAUUGAGGAGCUGCAGCAGGAGCUGACAGGAAAAGAGCAGGAAAAGGUGGCGGAAGUAAGCCGUGUGCGGGUGGAGCUGCAGGAGCAGAUUGGACACCUGCAGGCCGAGAGGACCACCCAGGCGGGGCUGAAGGAAAAAAUUGCCGCCCUGGAGCGGGAGAUGAAAGUGAUAGCAAGCCGCCACCGAGAGGCGCUUUUGGAUAAAGAGAGUGAGAUCGCCUCCCUGCUGGAAAAGCUGAGGCUGCGGGACGCGGAGAUCCAGCGGAUCCGCGACGACGAGGCUCAGCGGGCCAGCUUCCUGCAGAACGCCAUUCUCACAUAUGUGCAGGGCUCUUCGCUGAGCAGCUACUGCCCCAAGAAGUAGAACCGCUGCCCCCACAUGAGACCUCCCAGGCAGUAGUGUCCUGCUGAUCUGCAGAAUGAGCAGGUCUCCAUGGGAAGUGCAAGGACAGCUGUGAAAGAGGGACACUCCAGGAGGCAGGAUUCCAUCAAAGAUGGAGCAUUUAAAACAAGCUCAGCUGUUCUGUAAGCUUGCGCAACACAGGGCUCUAGCAAUAAAAAAAUGGCUUUUUCAUUAUCAGGUCACUAUCUGAUUUCUGUUGUGCUACACUUAACUCAACAGAAGAUUUCGCUCUCGGUUUGAGUUUGUGACUGGCUGAGCAAUAUUUGGUUCAAGAUGGUUGCUAAUGCCAAUAUUGACCCACUGCACAGUUCUAGUCUGGUUUGAUUCAACUGAUGGGCAGGGAAAAAUCAAAGAGGAAUGUCUGCUGAUAAGCAAUGGGAUUUUAUUUCUACACGUUUUAUUUAAUACCUGGUGCUGAAUACGGUUAUUUACUGUAUGUGCAUAGCAUACGUUUUGUUUGAUAACAGUAUAUCUUCUUAAUUAGCCAAUCAUUGCCUUCUUUUUACAACUGUUUCAUUUUCAGCAGUGAUAUGUACAAUUAUGCAGAUCUGUUUUCAUCUUAUUUCCUUGUUGCAGAAUAAAGUAAGAAUUGACUAGGAAUUGACUUCAUGAAAAGUUCAUCCGAGACCAUUUUGAUUCCAGCCUUAACUUUAAUGUAUUUUAUGGACAGAAGUUUUUAUGUUUUAAUUUUUGACAGUAUUAUUUGGCUUUGCAUUCCUAUUACAUACAGUAUGUAUGUCAUUUUGAGUCUGUUUAAAAAAUGAUAUCCCAAUCUGUAUACAAUUUGUGCUAUUGUUUAACAGUGCAACCAAUACAGGGUCUUCAAUGGAUGUAGGAUGAAAAUAUUUUAUCAACACUUUUUCAUGCUGUUAAGUACUUGUACUGUAUCAUUUCUACAAUCACAAAAUAGAUUCCUGCUUUUUUUAAAAAAAUGUAAAUGAAUUGUAUAUGUCUUAACUAUAUAUUUUUCUAGACUUUUUCAAGUUUUGUAUAUUUUACAAUUAAAUCAUUUUUUGAGUUUAAAAGGGUUUCGCAACGUACUGAUGGCCAGGCAGGGAAGGCACAAUUCAGAAAUAAAGGUGUA